AUGCCCCAGCAUCAGCUUCAUCGUCAGCAAUCGUCUACAAGUUGUCAGUUCGAGGUGUUCGACCCUUCCGAGGCUCAUUACUUUUGCUGUUUUGGGUUUUGUCAUUCAAAAGUAUGUCCUCAUACUAAUUUGGAGAUCUUUUAGACGGUCGGAGUUCUUAUUUUUCUGUUCGAAUUGAUCGAGCUACUCAGCUCUACCGUUUAUUUGUUUCUGAAAUCGGCAACGUGAGUGGGAUAACAUACUUUUUACAUCAAUGUAUAAUAUUGAAAUGUUGCCACUUGUGAUGUUAUUGCGCAACGGCAAUAUAUAUGAAUUCUUCAUGUAACACGCAAUCGAGUGCCCAUAAUGACAUCUCUAAUUUCAGUUAUACCACAAAAGAAUGGCAGAGCACAGAGGUUCUCAUCUUGGUCGGCCUAACUUUAAUUGGCAUAAUUGCCCUUGGAAUCAGCACUGCACUUCUAUUUAUGGGAGUUUGUUGCGAAGAGAGCACUCUAGUAAUUCCAUAUAUGGUUCGACAAGUACGUUGCGCAUCAAUUACGUUUUACAUUAUUGUAGAUUAUCAUGAUGACAGUACUGGUUAUCACUGGAUUUGUGAAGACGAAAUGGGUCUGGCAUAUCAUUCCAAUCAUACUGGUGCAGGUGGGAUUACUCGUCCUCUCUUUCGGAACCUACAAAUACUUUGCGGAUAAGGAGAAAUUCAACAGAAGGAAUGCAAUUUGUACGUCCCGGAAUGCUUCACAAAGAAAUAAUUCCAAAGCCAAGUUAUCCCAGCAGUCCCAUCGAUUGUCCACCAUCGACCUGUGUUAA